AUGAGCCAGAACAUUAAUCCCCAUGGUGUGCUGCUGCUGCUGCUGCUGCUGCUGCGGAAUGGCAAUACCAACAAAUCAUUUGGAUAUGAGACGCCACAAUCACCAUCUCGUUCAACGAGAAUACUGGAUCCACCAAGGUUGGAAGCGGGAUUACCGACAACUGCCACCUCUCCAAGAAGGAGAAUGCAAAAUAAUAUCUUUAGCGAUCGAUAUAUACCCAACCGGACAGGUAUCGAUCUUCAAACGGCAUUUAGUUUGACCAACGAUGAAAUAAUACCAGGGACCAAUAAAAACAUUGACAAUGAAAUUGAAAUUAGAAAAGAAGAAGAGGCAAAUAGGACGUUUACCACAGUUUUAAAAGCCGAGUUGUUUGGCGAUAAUGUGGUUAGCAGUAGUUUAUUAAAUGGCAGAGGUGUAAAGGGAAGGCCGAAUAACACAAAUAAUACCCGAGAAUCUCCAUCUACAAGUAACACAGGUACACCACCAAGAUCAAGUGCCAGUGCAAGUUCAACUCCAAAUGUAGGGGCCGGAGCUGCCUCUGGUACUGCUGCUGACACAGAUGACGUAACAAGUACACCUCGACGUAAAGUCAAUUUAUUCACCUACCAAUCCCCACAAAAGUCACGACCAAUUUCUCGAGAUUUGCAACAAGAGUUGUAUUCAUUAUCCCCAGUACGGCAUGAUACUCAGAAAAUCUUGUUGUCUCCCCAAAAGAAGCCAAGAACGAUUUCAAAAGUACCGUAUCGUGUCCUUGAUGCUCCUGAAUUGCUGGAUGAUUUCUAUCUAAACCUUGUUGACUGGGGUGCUCAAGAUAUAUUAGCUGUGGGGUUGGGUGAUUCCGUAUAUCUAUGGGAUGGAUCAACUCAAUCAGUGGAUCGAUUAUGCAAUUUGAACAAGGAUAAAGUCACCAGUUUGAAUUGGAUUGGGUCAGGUACUCAUUUAGCAAUCGGGACUUUGAAAGGGAUGGUUGAGAUUUGGGAUGCCACCAAGAUUAAGUGUAUUAGGACCAUGAGUGGACAUUCACUUCGAGUCAGUUCAUUAGCAUGGAAUGAGCAUAUAUUGUCGAGUGGUAGUCGAGACCGGAGUAUUUUAAACCGUGAUGUUCGUAUAGAGGAUCAUUAUGUUAAUAAGUUUGAACUGCAUAAACAAGAAGUUUGUGGAUUGAAGUGGAAUGUCGAAGAGAAUAAAUUGGCUAGUGGUGGUAAUGAUAAUAAUUUAUUUGUGUGGGAUGGAUUGAAUCCCACGCCUUUGUAUCAUUUCACUGAUCACACUGCCGCUGUCAAGGCUAUUGCCUGGUCACCUCAUCAACGAGGCAUACUUGCGUCGGGAGGUGGUACUGCCGAUAAGACAAUUAAGAUCUGGAACACUCUCACGGGGAACUUAGUUAAUGAUGUCAAUACUGGUUCACAAGUUUGUAAUUUGAUUUGGUCCAAGAAUUCCAAUGAACUUGUAUCAACCCAUGGGUAUUCUCGUAAUCAAAUAAUUGUAUGGAAAUACCCUUCCAUGCAACAAAUUGCCCAAUUAACUGGACAUACAUAUCGGGUAUUAUAUUUAUCAUUAUCACCCGACGGAGAAACUAUAGUUACCGGAGCUGGAGAUGAAACGUUACGAUUUUGGAAUGUUUUUGAAAAGAGUCGACAAGAACAGAGUUCUUCAGUACUACUUGGAGCAUUUCUGCAAUUACGUUAA